AUGAAGCCACCCCAUUAUCGUGCAAAUCACAUAACAAAUGGUAACUUGGGCGAACCUGAUACAUACCAGUUCGAGAAGGAGGCCAAAACAGAAAAUCCUUCUGAGCAGAAUGGCAAACCAGGAUGGAUUUUAUCUGCUGUGCUUCUGAAGCUUGAGGAUCUGUUUGGAAUCUCCUUAAAUUCCUGGCUCCUUCACCACCAAUCCGAUAAACUUUUACUUCACAUGUGUGAAGUGUUACCAGGUUUGAGUUUUCAACUAGAAAUUGGUAUGGUUAUUAAAGCAACCAUCAAAGCUGUCAAGAAAGGGAGAGUUGAAUUUGUUAUUGCUAUACUGAACGCAUGUCCUGAACUUGUAUGGUGUGUUGAAAACUCCACGGAACGAAACAUAUUUAUGCUUGCCGUUCUUCAUCGUCAGGAUGAAGUAUUUCGACUCCUAUGCAAAUCUACUGCAAAGAACUCAAAACUUGCAGGAGCAGAUAAAGAUUCAAAUAGCAUAUUACAUAUUGCAGCGAUGUUCGAACCUUCUGCUAAACGUAAUACCGUUCCAGGGGCAGCUUUUCUAAUGCAAAGAGAAGCACAAUGGUAUAAGGAGGUGGAAAAUGUUGUCCAUCCUUCCGUGAGAGACUCCAUAAACACAAACGGUCAAACAGCACGAGAAUUGUUUACAGAAAGCCAUAAAGAGUUGGUGAAAGAAGGAGAAAAAUGGGUGAAGGAGACGUCAUCUUCUUGUACAUUAGUAGGUGCUCUAAUUGUUACCAUUAUGUUUGCAGCAGUAAUUACUGUUCCAGGUGGCAACAAUCAAGAUUCAGGCUUGCCAACAUUCUUACAUGGGAAGCUGUUUAUGGUCUUUAUAAUAUGUGAUGCUCUGUCUCUACUUUCUGCCUCAACUUCAUUGUUAAUGUUUCUUGGCGUCCUCACAUCACGUUAUGCGGAGGAAGAUUUCCUUAGAUCCUUACCCAUAAAGAUGAUGAUAGGCCUUUCCACCCUUAUCUUCUCCAUAGCAACCAUGAUGAUAACCUUUUGUGCUUCUCUUUUUAUUAUUCUACAAGGAAAAUCAUGGGUGGUCAUUCCAGUCAUUUGCCUUGCUAGUCUUCCAGUCACACUAUUUGCAUGGAUGGAAUUCCGCCUUCUCAUUGACAUAGUCAAGUCAACUUAUGGACCAAGAAUCUUAGACCAGAAACUGAAGCGUGGGUGGUUGUAA